UGGCGACUUCCAGAGUGACCGGAGGCAAAACCUCUCCCUCACAUGCUCUGCUGAAGAACUUCGUCAGGAGGGAGAGAAAUGUCAGUUUCUUUCGGUAUCUAUCUCGGGAGUAGUUCGUGCUGCAUUGCCGUCAACAAGGAUGGAAAAUUUGAAGUUGUGGCCAAUGCCUCUGGAGACAGAGUUACACCUGCAGUGGUGGCAUAUCAUGAGAUGGAGGUGGUAACAGGACUUGCAGCUAAGCAGGGAAUGAUCCGACAUGCGGCAAAUACCAUUCAGAAUGUGUUACGCAGUGCCAGCUGCAGUGAAGAUGAAGGAACCUGUCAGUCUAAUGUAUCAUGUUGUCCUAAAUGGGAAAAUAACCAAGUGUGCUACACAGUGCAACGAGGAGAGAAAACUGCAACUGUUACAGCAGAGGAGGUUUUAACUCACAUUUUUACUCUGCUCAAAGGUAUUGCCAUGAAUCAGACAAGUGAAUCAGAGCUCCCUCUUGUUAUAAGUGUUCCAGCUUGGACCAGUGAAGCAGCUGUUGAGGUUGUCAGGAAAGCUGCCAAGAAAGCUUCUUUUAAUUUGAUGUCCACUAUCAGUCAACCUGUUGCUGCAGUCUUAGCAUAUGGCCUCAUAAAUGACAACAAAAAGAAUUUGUAAGUUUAUUCAUUGAUAUAUUUUGUA